AUGCGGUUACUUAAAUUUAAUUAUCGAAUUGAGUAUGGUCCAGGAAAAUCAUUCCAUGUACCAGAUGCCUUAUCCAGAGCCCCACUUCAACAAGGAACAACAGACCUGGAUGCUCUGUUAAUGGAUGAAGUAUAUAUCAGCUCAGUAAUAAAAGAGGUUGAUGGGUUUGUCCUGAAAGAACGAUCGGAGAAGAAUAAGAUAAGGAGAUGGAAAAAGAAAACAUUAAAACCUAUUGAUAAAGAAAUAUUAAUCUAUAAAGACCGAUUGGUAAUACCAAAAACCCUAAGAAAGAGAUGCUUAAACCUAUUACACGACGGACAUUUUGGGAUGGGUAAAUGCAAAGCCAGAGCGAAACAAAGUUUAUGGUGGCCUGGAAUUCAUCAACAGAUCGACGAAAUGAUUCACAAUUGCGAAAUAUGUCUACAAACAAAACCAACAGCAAUGGAACCGAUGAUAUCUAGGGAGAUCUCAGGAAGACCUUGUUGGAGUAGAUUCAGAUAUGUAGUAAUUCAGGAUUAUUAUUCAAAAUACCCUGAGGUGAGAAAACUAACAUCUAUAAAAAGUAGAGACAUAAUUGAAGUAAUGAAAGAUGUAUUUGCCCGACAUGGCAUACCGGAUGUUGUAAGAUCCGAUAAUGGUCCACAAGUCAAUUGGCAAUUUGCAGAAAAGUAUGGAUUCAAGUGGACAUCAUCCAGUCCAGAAUAUCGACAGUCAAACGGAUUGGAUGAGAGCGCUGUCAAAACAUUAAAGACAAUUUUAAAAAGAUCCCUAUUUAGGUUUUUUGGCGUAUCGCAACUCAACAUUGACUUCUCCAGAACAGCUGUUGUUUGGACGAAACCUUCGCGACAGAAUACCAAUAUCGAAAAACAAAUUAAAUCCGAAAUUACCCAAUCAUGA